GCUGGUUUAUAAAUGGUUUCUACUAAUAUACAAGAUCAGCUACGCCACCGGCAUUGUGGGCUACAUGGCUGUGAUGUUCACCCUUUUCGGGCUCAAUUUUCUCUUCCGGAUCAAACCCGAAGACGCCAUGGAUUUUGGCAUCUCCCUCCUCUUUUAUGGCCUCUACUACGGGGUGCUGGAGCGGGACUUUGCCGAAAUGUGUGCGGAUUACAUGGCCUCCACCAUCGGG